CAUCAACCAUCCAACAAACAGCCUUAUUCAUAAGUAACAUAAAAAAAAAAAAGAGGUACUCCUCCUCCUACGUUUGUUAUCAUCAAUUUCCCUGUCCUGGGAUCUGCGAUUGGCGCCUGCCUACCGAUAACAAUGCCUGGAUUAACUGCACCUUCUGAUUACUCUCGAGAACCCCCUCGUCACCCCUCUCUUAAAAUCAAUUCCAAGGAACCCUUCAAUGCUGAGCCACCUCGCUUAGCUUUGAUUUCCUCUUAUGUGACCCCUGUUGAUUAUUUCUACAAAAGAAACCAUGGCCCAAUACCAAUAGUUGAAGAUAUAGACAGAUAUUUCGUUUCUAUAAGUGGUUUGGUACAAAAUCCAAAAGACAUAUUUAUGAAAGAUAUAUGGAGUCUUCCAAAAUAUACAGUCACUGCCACUUUACAGUGUGCUGGUAAUAGGAGGACUGCCAUGAGCAAAACCCGCAAAGUGAAAGGAGUUGGCUGGGAUGUUGCUGCAAUAGGAAAUGCUGUCUGGGGUGGUGCCAAACUGACAGAUGUUCUUGAGCUUAUUGGCGUACCCAAGUUGACAAGUGUUACUCCCUUAGGAGGAAAACACAUUGAGUUUGUGAGCAUAGAUAAGUGUAAGGAGGAACAUGGAGGUCCUUACAAGGCAUCAAUUCCAUUAUCUCAAGCCACAAAUCCUGUAGCUGAUGUUCUGUUGGCUUAUGAGAUGAAUGGGGAGCCUCUGAACAGGGAUCAUGGCUAUCCAUUGCGUGUUAUUGUACCUGGUGUUAUAGGUGCUCGUUCUGUCAAGUGGCUUGAUUCCAUCAAUAUAAUUGCAGAAGAAUGCCAGGGAUUCUUUAUGCAGAAGGACUAUAAAAUGUUUCCACCUUCAGUUGAUUGGGAGAAUAUUAAUUGGUCAACCAGGAAUCCCCAAAUGGAUUUCCCUGUUCAGUCUGCUAUAUGUUCUUUGGAGGACAUAAAUUUCGUAAAGCAUGAAAAGAUAACAAUAAAGGGGUAUGCAGUAUCAGGAGGCGGGCGUGGCAUUGAGAGGGUAGAUGUAUCUAUUGAUGGUGGCAAAACCUGGGUGGAAGCUUCCAGAUACCAGAAACCUGGUAUUCCAUACAAUGCUGGAGAUUCUUGUAGUGACAAGUGGGCAUGGGUGUUUUUUCAGGCUGAGGCUGAAGUCCCACAAAGUGCUGAGAUAGUGGCCAAAGCGGUAGAUAUAGCUGCUAAUGUCCAACCUGAAAACGUUGAAGUUAUUUGGAAUUUGAGAGGAAUACUAAACACCUCCUGGCAUCGAGUUCAUGUCCGCAUUGGUCACUCAAAUAUGUAGAAGCCAGCAGAAUAGAAGAGAGUAGCCAAAAGCCGCCAUUGUUCUAAGCUGUAUUCUUCCACGUUCACGUUCAUCGCUUGGGGAUGAUGUCAAAGAUAGUGAAGGAUUCUGGAUGCCAGCCAGUAGGUGGAGCCGUUCGAUUUACAGUAAAGAUUGCAUCUGUAGCACUCAUGUGUCUUGAGUUGUUUCUGACCUCUUCUCCUUUUGAAUUAAUGAUGGGGUUAGAAUUUGUGUAAACUGCACAUCGUGGCUUUGGCGAGAUGAGAUUUUGGAGGUCUAAUUUUGUUUUGUUAUUAGAAUUGUAAAGUACUAACAAAUUUAAAAUUGAGACGACAGCACCAGUUGUUUUAUUUGUGUGGCUCUGUUGGGGUGUUUCAUCAAUUAGGGCCCCCAUGAUUUCCAG